AUGCAGAGAGUCUUUUCUCUGGGCCACAAGGAAGUGAUGGUUAUUCAUACCUACUACAGUAACCUGUUAGAGAUGUUGUCCAGACUGGAGGUGAAAACCCUUGCUGACCAACAGGCAGACAAGAGGCAUCACACUGGUCAGCUGGCCACAGCAGUAAUCUCAGCAACAGUUCGAGAUGUUUCCAGGGCAGAAAAUGUUCCUGUCUCUGUCCAGUACACCUUAUCCUCUGGGAUUACGGCAGAGUAUUCCAAACAAGUCACUCCCGUCUGCGUCUUUUGGAAUAUCAUGGCGGGUCAUGCAAGUGCUUGGUCCAAGAAAGGGUGCAGAGCACUGCCUUCUCCUCCUGAUGUCACUUCCUGCUUCUGCAACCACACCACCAAUUUUGCUGUCCUCAUGAAUUAUAUGGAGCACAGGAGGCCACUGUUAGCUUACAAACGCAAGCGGGCCUUAAUAGUAGUCUUUGUGGUUUGUAUUGAGCAUUAUGUGAGAAGUUUGUCUGCAGAACUUCAUAACGAGCAAACCUGA